AACAGAAGCAGCUGCAUGUGUCUUGCUGCUAUUCAGGCAAAUCCUUGGCUCAUGGGAAAGUCGUCGUCCAUUUCAAGCGAAUACGACCCACCUGGACUGAGAGACCCUGUCCGCGCCAGGAAACGUUGCCUUUGGCUAAAGCUUCAGAGAAAUCCACUUCACUGGACCCACAAGACUGCUGCGAAUGGAGAAAUACGCAGACAGACCGAUUCGAGGGGGAAGCGACAUAAAUCCAACAUGGCGGCUGCCGUAUUCGCACGAUUCGGCGUCGAUGUCCUUUACAAUAGUAUGUGCGCUCCCAAGCAGGCACUGAGGGUAUGCUGGGGGGCUGUGGAGCAAGCAAGGGGUUACUAUGUUGACUGGAGGAUGCUGAGGGAUGUCAAGAGAAGAAAGAUGGCUUUUGACUACGCUGAUGAGCGGCUGCGGAUCAACGCGCUGAGAAAGAACACCAUCUUACCAAAAGAACUCCAGGAGUUGGCAGAUAAAGAAAUUGCAGCCUUUCCGCGAGAUUCAUGUCCCGUGAGGAUCCGCAACAGAUGUGUCAUGACCUCCAGACCACGAGGAGUGAAGCGCAGGUGGCGACUCAGCCGGAUUGUCUUCCGUCAUAUGGCCGACCACAACCAAUUGUCUGGCAUCCUGAGGGCACGGUGGUGACCCUGGAGGACAACGGCAGUGAAUGCAUGGCUCCUUUAUGAUCAUGUGAAGGUGUUCAAGGAAUGGAUUAUGGCAAAAAGUCUGGUAGCAACUAAUUAUACAGUUCCUGACUGCAUAGUUUAGCUUUGAAUGGAAAAUAGGACAUUGUUAAUCAAUACAAAUGUAUAUUAUCCCUAUUUUGCUUAUUUGAAUAAACGUUGAAAUAAUGUGCAGAUGCCA